CGCUGCUCUUUUCCAGGCGGGUAAGCAGGAGGAAUCUAAGAAAGGGUACCGGCUGGCUGUCCUUCCCAGCGCUCGAAGCCCCGCCAUGCUCGUCCUCCGAAGCGGCCUGACUAGGGCUCUGGCUGCGUGGAAGCUCGCGCCUCAGGUGUGCUCAUCUUUUGCUACGGGCCCCAGACAAUACGAUGGAACAUUCUAUGAAUUUCGUACCUAUUGCCUUAAGCCCUCAAAGAUGAAUGAGUUUCUGGAAAAUGUUAAGAAAAAUAUACAUCUUCGGACAGCUCACUCUGAAUUGGUUGGAUACUGGAGUGUAGAAUUUGGAGGCCAAAUGAAUAAAGUGUUUCAUAUUUGGAAGUAUGAUAAUUUUGCUCAUCGAACUGAAGUUCGGAAAGCCGUGGCCAAAGAUAAGGAAUGGCAACAAUCUGUCAUUCCAAAUCUGGCUCUCAUAGAUGAACAAGAGACUGAGAUCACUUACCUGGUGCCAUGGAGCAAAUUAGAAAAGCCUGCAAAAGAAGGAGUCUAUGAACUGGUUAUUUUUCAGAUGAAGCCAGGUGGGCCAGCUUUGUGGGGUGAUGCAUUUAAAAGGGCAAUUAAUGCCCAUGUGGAUCUAGGCUACUCAAAACUAGUUGGAGUUUUCCACACAGAAUAUGGAGCACUCAACAGAGUUCAUGUUCUUUGGUGGAAUGAGAAUGCAGACAGUCGUGCGGCUGGGAGACAUCAGUCUCAUGAGGAUCCCAGGGUUGUGGCAGCUGUUCGGGAGAGUGUCAAUUACCUCGUGUCUCAGCAGAAUACGCUUCUGAUCCCUACAUCAUUUUCACCUCUAAAAUAGUUUUCCAUUGAAAUACGAAGCAUUGCAUUAACUGCUAUAAGAUGUGUCUGCUAAUGGUGCUUAAAUUCUCCUAAGAGAUUCUCACUUGCAUUUGAAGAAGGUGGUAAGUUAAUUUUCUGUGUCUCCACUUCUGAAGCCACCUCUAUCCUUCCUUCCUCUGUUCCUCUCCACCUUAGGAAAUAGUUCUGUUCAUAUUCCCCUUGGCAUUUUCAGUGUCUGUUACACAUUAGAAAUAGUUGCUACUGGGGCACCUGGGUGGCUCAGUCGUUAAGCGUCUGCCUUUGGCUCAGGUCAUGAUCCUGGGG